AUGUUCAUAUAUGUACUUGUUUGUUCUAUCACGAUCUGUUGCAGCGUAGUACAACUUAGUAUGGAAAAUGUAUCAACAACUCAGAAACUUUGGGUUCUUGAAUACUCCUUGGCUCUGGCUACACAACUACUUCUAUUUUGUUGGCAUAGUAAUGAGAUCACUGUAGAGAGUGAUAGAACAGUCCGUGGCGUAUAUGAAAGCAAUUGGUGGAAAGCAAAUUUGCAAGAACGGAAACAAAUAUUACUAUUAGCAGGGAAAUUGGCUCGACCGCUCGUAGUGAAUGCCGGGCCAUUCACACGUCUAUCUCUGCAAACGUUUAUUGACAUUAUGAAGGGGACAUAUAGCUUCUACACUUUAUUUGCUCAGAUGCAAGAAAGAUAUAUAAAUACAAAUAAUUAG